AUGUGUGGAAUCUUUGCCUACCUGAAUUACCGAGUGCCCCGCACCAGAAAGGAGAUAUUUGAGACGCUGGUGAAUGGACUGCAGCGACUGGAGUACAGAGGCUAUGAUUCAGCAGGUGUGGCUGUCGAUGGACCAAACAAGACCACAGAUAUCAACGGGAACUCCAUCUGUCUGAUCAAGAAGCAGGGAAAAGUCAAAGCACUGGACGAGGAGCUCCAUAAAAAAGAUUCCCUGAACUUGGAAGAGGAGCUGAGCACACACUUUGGCCUGGCUCACACUCGCUGGGCCACUCACGGAGAGCCCAGCGCCCUCAACAGCCACCCUCACCGCUCCGACAAGAACAACGAAUUUGUCGUCAUCCACAAUGGCAUCAUCACCAACUACAAAGAGCUGAAGGAGUACCUGAUCAACAAAGGAUAUGAGUUUGAGUCUGAGACGGACACAGAAGUCAUCCCCAAACUCAUCAAAUAUGUUUACGAUAACAGAGAUAAUGAGAACGUCACUUUCUCCACUCUGGUCGAGAGGGUCAUCAAGCAGCUGGAAGGAGCGUUUGCCUUGGUGUUUAAAAGUCGGCACUUCCCCGGAGAGGCCGUGUCCACCAGAAGGGGGAGUCCGCUGCUCAUUGGGGUGCGCAGUGACCAGGAGAUCCUAAACAACAUCCAUGUCAUGUACGGCUCAGGGCACUUGAAAGAUGGAGAAAAAGAGAAAAACCAGCACAACAGUCCUGAUGAUGCCACACAGGAGGUCAAAGAAGUGGAGUACUUCUUUGCGUCUGAUGCCAGCGCCAUAAUCGAACACACCAAUAAAGUGCUGUACCUGGAGGAUGAUGACGUCGCCGUGGUGACCAAAGGAGUGCUGUCCAUCCACAGAGUGAACCGUCAGGCCGGAGAGGACCCGGUGCGAGCCAUCCAGACCCUGCAGAUAGAGCUACAGCACAUUAUGAAAGGGAACUUUGAGGCCUUCAUGCAAAAGGAGAUAUUCGAACAACCCGAGUCUGUGGUCAACACCAUGCGGGGGAGAAUCUGUUUUGACUCCAACAAUGUGGUGCUGGGCGGACUGAAGGAUCAUUUGAAAGAGAUCAAACGUUGCAGGCGACUCAUAAUGAUUGGUUGUGGGACUAGUUUUCAUGCUGCCCUGGCUACUCGGCAGAUCCUGGAGGAGUUGACAGAGUUGCCGGUGAUGGUGGAGCUGGCGAGUGACUUCCUUGACCGGAUCACACCUGUUUUCCGAGAUGAUGUUUGCUUUUUCAUCAGCCAGUCAGGAGAGACGGCGGAUACUCUGAUGGCGCUGCGUUAUUGUAAGGAGCGAGGAGCCCUGACGGUGGGCGUCACGAAUACAGUGGGCAGCACCAUCUGCAGAGAGACCGCCUGUGGCGUGCACAUCAAUGCAGGCCCUGAGAUUGGAGUUGCCAGCACCAAGGCGUACACCAGUCAGUUUGUGGCUCUCAUCAUGUUCGGCCUCAUGAUGAGUGAGGACAGACUCUCGCUCCAGAAGAGACGACUUGAUAUCAUGGCGGGCCUCAAGGAUUUACCAGACCUAAUCAAGAAGGUGUUGCUUUUGGACGACGGCAUUAAGACCAUUGCCAACGAGCUGUAUGAGCAGAAGUCUCUGCUGGUCAUGGGACGGGGCUUUAACUACGCCACAUGUUUGGAAGGGGCACUGAAAAUCAAAGAGAUCACGUACAUGCACUCUGAGGGGAUCCUGGCCGGGGAGCUGAAGCACGGGCCCCUGGCUCUGGUGGACAAAGACAUGCCAGUGAUCAUGAUCAUCAUGAAAGACGGAUGCUACACUAAGUGUCAGAAUGCUCUGCAGCAGGUGGCUGCCAGAUCGGGCCGGCCUAUUAUCAUUUGUUGCCAAGACGACCCUGAGAUAACUAAAAGUGCGUACCAGACGAUCGCUCUGCCCCAAACAGUGGACUGUCUGCAGGCCAUCCUCAGCGUCAUCCCCCUGCAGCUGCUGUCCUUCCACUUGGCCGUGCUCCGAGGAUACGACGUGGACUGUCCCAGAAACUUGGCCAAGUCUGUCACAGUGGAGUGA